AUGGCGGCGGGUCCGUUGGAAUCCAUUGAGGGUGGCAAAGCCUGGUAUUAUUGUGAUACCCCCAUGAUUCUGGGUGAAGCCCCCAUUUACCGCAAGAGUGACUCGACUCUACAUUGGGUCGAUUGCCUCAAGCCAAACCUCCAAAUUCUGAAAGUAGACCCAGUCACUGGUGAUGCUCAAGGCAGAGCCAGGGUCAUCGAGCUUGAGGACAGCGUGACGGUCCAAUUCUUCCGCAAAGGCAAGCCAGGGAGUUACAUCUGCGCAUACUACCAAGGUGUAGCAUUCUUAGAUGAAGAGUCUGGGAAGUUAGAGGUUGUCAAGGAGAUCAUCCCGACAGCUGACCGAGACAAGCUUCGCUUCAAUGAUGGCGGUGUAGAUGCUAAAGGCCGCUUCUGGCUUGCCGAGAUUGACCUCAAGGCAAUGGCAUAUGGACCCAACAAACUUCCAGAUUCAUAUGGAGAGCCAAUAGGCCGAUUAUGGAGAUACGAUCCAGACGGCACCUUACAUGAGAUGGAUAAAGGCUUCAUCUGUGGUAAUGGCCUGGCUUGGAGCCCGGAUAACAAGACUAUGUACUUCAACGACUCUGUGGCCAUGAAAGUCUUCAAGUAUGAUUUCGAUCUUGAGAGUGGCGCCAUUUCUAAUCGCCAACUUUUCAUUGACCGAAGAACAACGUAUGGCGAGCCUGACGGCAUGGUAGUAGACACUGAUGGCAACCUCUGGAUCGCCGUAUUCGCUUCUCAUCGUGUUAUGGUGUUUGACCCUCAAGGAAAGCACCUAAAGGACAUCGUCUUUUCAGCAUACAAUCAAGCAUGUACAACAUGGGGAGGAAAGGAUUGGAAUAUACUGUUUGUCGCAUCAGGAAAGGAUAGGAAAGGAGAAGUCGGGCCAGAAGAUGAAGGCGGCCACAUGUUCAAAUACCAUGUUCCAAACGGCACCAAGGGCAUGCCCAAGAAUGAGUUCGCCGGUUAA